GUGACAGGGGCGGCAGAUCACGUGACGUAUAAUAAGCUGCCGCCGACGAUCAGGAAGAACCCUCACGGAUGCUGCUGCCAUUCUCCCAACAAGAUGUCCCUGGGGAAUGUAGCAAUUAAUGCGGACUAUUCGUGGGAUGCAGGGGAACGUGCUCGGCUCCUGCAGAGCCCCAUCGUCCCAGAGACCAGGAGACUGGCUGGAGGGACAUCUUCCAUUGGCGCCGUCUUCAUUGUGGUAAACGCGGCUCUUGGAGCUGGGCUUCUGAAUUUCCCUGCCGCCUUCAACGCAGCCGGAGGAGUUACGGCAGGGAUCGUGCUGCAGCUGGUUCUGCUGCUCUUCAUUAUCAGCGGUCUGGUCAUCCUGGCGCACUGUGCCGAUGCCUGCAGUGAGCGGACGUACCAGGAGGUUGUGCGAGGGAUCUGUGGGCGCAUUGCUGGGGUCCUGUGUGAGAUGCUCAUCGCUGUGUACACCUUUGGUACCUGCAUCGCCUUCUUCAUCAUUAUCGGGGACCAGCUGGACAAACUUCUAGGUGCGAUGAUGCAUUCCCUGCCUGGUAGUCACAUCCCAUGGUACGCUGACCGGAAAUUUACCAUCACAGUGACUGGAGUGUUACUCAUCCUGCCACUGUCACUGCCGCGUGAGAUCAGUGUCCAAAAAUAUGCCAGCUCCCUCAGCGUCCUUGGGACAUGUUAUGUCACCUUCAUCGUCAUCUUCCGAUGUGUCCAGCCAAGCAAUGAGGUUCCGUCUAAUACUGUCACGUCCAGCUCCUCCUCUUGGAUUGCGGUGUUCAAUGCUGUCCCCACAAUAUGCUUUGGGUAUCAGUGCCACGUCAGUAGUGUUCCGGUGUAUGGAAGCAUGCAGCAGCAGGACAUGCGGCGCUGGGGGAUCAUAGUGACCACCGCCAUGUUCAUCGCCCUGUGUGUCUAUACUGGGACAGGAGUGUGCGGGUACUUGUUGUUCGGCUCCGGCGUGGACCAGGAUGUUCUUCUCUCCUUCCCAUCAAAUGACAUUCCAGUUGCCGUGGCGCGAGCAUUCAUCAUCCUAUGCGUGCUGACGUCGUACCCCAUCCUGCACUACUGCGGCCGGGCCGUGAUAGAGGGACUGUGGCUGAGAUUUACAGCACAAGAGCCUGGCGAGGAUCCGGGCAGAGAACGCCGCCGGCGCAUCUUACAGACGGUGGCCUGGUUUGUGCUUACGCUGCUGUUGGCGCUGUUCAUUCCAGACAUCGGGAGAGUCAUCUCCAUCAUUGGCGGACUUGCCGCUUGCUUCAUAUUCGUCUUUCCAGGUCUCUGCCUCAUUAACCUGAAGCUGUCUGAGAUUCAGGAGCAGAAGAGCCGAAGCUGGUGGGCGUUGCUCAGUUAUGGAGUCACCAUGGUUACACUUGGAGCCUUUAUCUUUGGACAGACCACCACUAAGGCCAUCUUUGUGGACCUGAUGGGUUGAUCCCUGAAAUUUGUUUCUCUGGACAUUUAUUAUCUGCAAGAAAUUACUUGAAUAUCACAGCUACGUAUCACAUUCCUUCUGCUUAUACCCUGAAGAACAGGUCACCCUCCAUUACUCCUAUGAGCGGAUCAGAGAUCAGUGACAAGUUCUGCCCACAGUCCUGCAAUUCCCGUUCCCUGCUGAGACUGUAGGAGACGCUCCCCGCGCUGAGGUCUCAGCUAUUUAUCCCUAAUCGCUACUAACACUAAUACAGCGAGACCAGCAGCGGCAAUCAGGGGCAUUCCUGGGAGCCGGCAUGGAGCUGCCGACACACCUUAUGACGGAAGGGGUAAAGGGAGAGUACAGCAUCUGUAGCCGAUCCCAGCUUCCAGGCGGAUCCUUGUAGAUUUACCUUGUUGUGAUUUGUAUUGUGUAAUGGCGUUGCACCUUUUUAUAUUAUUUGGCAUUGAUUAUGAGGAAAUGGUUUAUGCUCUACCUACGGUAUAAGGACCGAAUUAUUUGUUCCUUUAAGUUCCCAAACCUAGAUGUAUUUCUCUGUGUGCAUGAGACGCUGGCGUUUUGGAUUAUCAGCAUUCCUGGCGGCAGCACUUUAGUAGUUAUAUAUCUGUAGUCUAGAGCGCACAGGAAUAUUACCUCCCGCACGAUCACGUAGCAUUAGCCGUGCAAGGGCCUGGGCACUGUACAAACAGCUAUUGUCUCCGCUCAAUGGGGGUCAUUCCGAGUUGAACGCUAGCUGCAUUUGUUCGCAGCGCAGCGAUCAGGCUAAAAAAAAUGUCAGUUCUGCACAUGCGUAUGCGGCGAAAUGCGCACGCGCGUCGUACGGGCACAACGAACGAUGUCGUUUUGCACAGGGUCUAACGAAGCAUUUCAGUCGCACUGCUGGCCGCAGAGUGAUUGACAGGAAGUGGGCAUUUCUGGGUGUCAACUGACCGUUUUCAGGGAGUGUUCGGAAAAACGCAGGCGUGCCAGGAAAAACGCAGGUGUGGCUGGGUGAACGCAGGGCGUGUUUGUGACGUCACAGGAACUGAACAGUCUGAAGUGAUCGCAAGCGAUGAGUAGGUUUUGAGCUACUCUAAAACUGCACAAAAAAAAUUUGUAGCCGCUCUGCGAUACAACCGUUCGCACUUCUGCUAAGCUAAAAUACACUCCCAAUGGGCGGCGGUGGCAUAGCGUUUGCACGGCUGCUAAAAAACUGCUAGCGAGCGAACAACUCGGAAUGACCCCCAGUAAUACUUCCCUGUAGAGCAGAGGUUGCCACCAUUACUACGUAGAAUCCCGGUGGCUAUGUUACCUUAUGACCCCCAUACACGAGGCCUACAGGAACUUUCAGGGGCCAGAUAAGGCCCACCGAUCCAUCUACCUACAGGGUCCCUACUGGAGGACUCAUUCCGCCCUCAAAGGUCUUUAAAGAUGGAUCCAAAACCGGGUACAAGAUGGCAUUGACACUACACGCGUAACGAGCAGGAGAAUUGUCAGGAGAUCAUCUGUAAAAGAGGAGGAGCUUGGCUGUAGGAUUGCCCUUCACGUUCUGUAACACCAUACCAUCAUUAGAGGCAAGAGAGCAAUUGGAAAACUAACAGCACAAGAUAUGAGACAAUAUUAAUUCCAUCAUACGAGACCAAGAAGAAAGAAACCUUUCCAUGGAUAUCAAUAUUGUUAGGGGCUAGAGAAGCUUAGUUUCCGUUAUUAAAUCACUAGUAAUACAGCCUCGGCAUAUGUUGGGUCACCCCACCCAGCACACUCUACUAACACUGUGCAACGCUCCUUCUCUUCUCUACUGGUCCGUCCCAUCUCCAUCACCACGGCAGGACCUCUCGCUGCUCGGGACAGAGAUGGUGCAGAUCACAUUUGUCCCGAAAUCCCUGCAUUUCCUGCCACUGUAACACUGAGGCAGAUACGUUGCUUAAAACUCCAUGCAUCAUCCAUGCGUGUGUAGUUAUAGUCUUCAUUCUAGCACCCUGCACCUUUCAAAACAUGUGCAGUCCCUCUUUCCUGCCUGGGGUGUCACUCUCUGCUCUGGUGCUUCUCAGCACACUCUGGUUUGUAUUUCAG